ACUCCUUGUAGAUGAGUUCCCUCGCCUGUUUGGAUAGAUGGCUGUUUUGAGACAGAAGCAAAGUGGAAACCCAGACAGAAAGAGGUCUUUUGGAAGUGGGAGGGCAUAGAGGGGAUAGAUGCACAGGUGGAGCACAGAUUGGAAAAGAGGCAGUUGUUUCAGGAUAAAGACAGAAGGGGAAGUCUGAGGUAAGGUGGAGCGUUGCUGUGCUGCCCUAGUGCUCACAGCUAUUAUUCAGGGACAGGUUGGACUGGUUUUUCCUCCACAAUACCUGUGUCUCCACCGCUCUCGCUCAUUUAAACCAGGAGAGAGAGGGAGGAAGCAGUGACUAGAUAAAGAGGCUGUGGAAAAGGUAAAAGGGUUCUCUGUACUCUUCAACAUUUGACCCAGAGAGGAAUUUCAAGAUGGCUGAGGAUGCAGAAUAUUAUGGAAAGCAUGGCGAGCCAAGGAAGUAUGACCCCACCUUCAAGGGCCCGAUUCAGAAAAGGGGUUGCACAGACAUCGUGUGCUGCAUCCUCUUCGGUCUUGCCAUAAUUGGUUAUAUUGCAGUGGGAGUACUCGCCUGGUCUCAGGGUGACCCCAGAAAGGUGAUCUAUCCCACAGACAGUCGAGGCCAGUUCUGUGGGCAGGCGGGCACCCCACUUGAGAAGAAGACACUGUUGUUCUACUUCAACAUCAUGAAGUGUGCCAGCCCCAUGGUGCUGCUGGAGUUCCAGUGUCCGACCACACAGUUGUGUGUGGAGAAGUGCCCAGAAAAGUUCAUGACGUUGGUCAAAGCCUACGCCAACAAAAAAGACUUUGACUACUACAAGAACUUCUGUAAGGAAGGUGUGACAAACACAAUGGGUAUACCAGAAAUCCUCAGGUUAGGCCUCUGUCCUUCCAUGCUGAUGCCCAGCAAGCCCUUCACACGCAGGUGUUUCCCAGCUUUGGGCCAGAAAGGAGGUGUGAUAACUGUGGGAAACAUCUCUCGCUUUGAUGAUGGAAGUGGAAACAUGAGAGACGCCAAGGAUCUCAUGGAUGGAGUCAAGAAUGCCACUGUGGUUAUUGAGGCUCGUCAGGUGGUCAUGAAAAUCUUUGAGGAUUACACGCACUCCUGGUACUGGAUUCUCAUAGGGUUGGUUAUUGCCAUGGUCACCAGCCUGCUCUUCAUCAUCCUCCUGCGCUUCCUGGCAGGGAUCAUGGUCUGGAUCAUGAUUGUCCUGGUGAUACUGGUCAUAGGAUACGGUAUCUUCCACUGCUACAUGGAGUUUGCUUCCCUGAAGGGAGAGGCAGGAUCUAACGUGACUCUACAGGAUCUGGGCUUCCAGACAGACUUCUCGGUCUACCUGCAGAUUCGACAGACGUGGCUGGCCUUCAUGAUUAUCCUGGCCAUCGUGGAAGUCGUCAUCAUCCUACUGCUCAUCUUCCUCAGGAAAAGGCUUCUGAUCGCCGUCGCUCUCAUCAAAGAAGCCAGCAGAGCCAUUGGACACGUGAUGUGUUCCCUUUUCUUCCCAUUGUUCACCUUCGUCCUCCUGGCCAUAGUUAUUGCCUACUGGGCAGUUACUGCUGUUUUCUUGUCUACCUCGAAUGAGCCUAUCUACAAAGUUUUUAAUGAGUCGAUAUGUGAACACUCGAGGAAAGUGUGUGACCCAGCUGACUUCACGAGCAGUCCAAUGCAAACGCAGUGCCCCGACUCCCAGUGCCUUUUCGCCUUCUACGGAGGAGAGACGGUUUACCACAAAUACCUGAUCGGCCUGCAGUUCUACAACGUCUUCCUCUUCUUCUGGUGUGCCAACUUUGUCAUCGGUCUGGGACAGAUGACUCUGGCCGGGGCCUUUGCUUCUUACUACUGGGCCUUUGUCAAGCCAGAUGACAUGCCUGCCUUCCCAGUGUUUUCUUCCCUCGGGAGAUCUCUCAGGUAUCAUACCGGAAGUCUGGCGUUCGGCUCCCUCAUCCUCUCCAUAGUUCAGAUCAUCAGGGUUCUGCUGGAGUAUCUGGACCACAAGCUGAAAGGAGCCCAAAAUAAGUUUGCAAAGUUCCUGUUGUGCUGUCUGAAGUGCUGUUUCUGGUGUCUGGAGAAAUUCAUCAAGUUCCUGAACAGAAAUGCGUACAUCAUGGUGGCGAUUUAUGGCAAAAACUUCUGCACCUCAGCCAGAGAUGCCUUCUUCCUCCUCAUGAGGAACAUGAUCAGGGUGGCCAUCUUGGAUAAAGUGACAGAUUUCCUCUUGUUUUUGGGCAAACUGCUCAUCGUUGGGCUUGUGGGCGUCUUUGCCUUCUUCUUCUUCUCUGGGAGAGUGAAGGCCUUUGAGGACACGGCUCCCAAUCUCCACUACUACUGGGUGCCCAUCAUGACUGUGGUAGUUGGCUCGUACCUCAUCGCCCAUGGAUUCUUCAGUGUGUACGCCAUGUGCGUCGACACAUUGUUCCUCUGUUUCUGUGAAGACCUGGAGCGCAAUGACGGUUCAGCCGCAAGGCCUUAUUACAUGUCGUCAACUCUUCAUGAGAUUCUGUGGAAGAACAUGGCUGAGGAUCCGACUCCGUCUUCUGCUCAGCAACAAGACAAUCAAGACCUCCAGUUGAGAGAACAGCAGGCCAGAGAGGAAAACGCAUCUUAGAGAGGAGGAGUUUUGUAGGAAAGACACUCAAGAUUUUUCACUGAAUUACAGGCACUUAACUGCUAUAGUUCAAGACUUAAAACGUGAUAGUAAGGAGCUGGUACUUUGUCGUCGCCCAUUGGGAAACCCUCUUUUGCACAUAACCCACUCGUCUCAGAGAGGCAGAUUGUGGUGCAACUGUAGAUCACAAUGCCUUAAAGUGGCAGGGGUUCAGUGUUUUGCUUCACUACCCUUAAUGGAUCCAACCCUCUGACUGAAUGAAAGUCUCCUUCAUUCACAGCUGACUGGUGUAUAACGUUUCCUUUAACCUAACUGCCCUCCAACACAAGGAAACAUGGGAAAUAAGAUGUUAUUGAAUUGUUUUCUUAAUUGACCAUUCACUAAGUUCUUCCUCCAGUGUCCAAUCACAGCUUAGCAGCUGUAACUAGACACUGCAGGCCUGUAACACUUGUUGACGUGGUGUGUGGCUGUAGUAGUAGUUAAAAUGUACAUUUAAAGAAUUUGGACCUUGCUGCCUUUUAUGUGAGAUAUCCAAAUUUAAAAAUAUAAGUUGUUAAAAGUUUAAGGAAUUGACGAAACAGUGUGUUCAUCUGCUCUAACAGGAUGCAAUCAUUAGCAUGUCCAGCUAUCUAGCUUACCUACCUACAGCUGUAACCAAGAGUUAAUUUCAAGGCCAUUUUCUGGACUUACAAAUCUGUGUGGAAACUGAGCCUGGAUGCUAUCAGAGUUUAGGCUAACUUUAGCAGCUCUGUCAUGCUCUUUAUUAGAUUUAGGAAAGUUUACACUCUAGCAACACAUUUAUCAUCAGAGGUAGUGUUGUAUUUGUCAGACAAAUUGGUUUGUCCUCAUUCUAUAAGCCUUUUAAUGCUAAAAUUAAAAAUACUGUUUUAAUUCAAGCUUGUAUCUUAAAGCAUAAAUAUACAUGUGUAUAGUAAAGUAUGUUAGCUAAGCAGUCAAACGGGGAUAUGUUACAAUAGAAUAAGUGUGUAUUUAAAAUUCCUUUACAGGGUUUUCAUUUGAAAAUAAGUCAGGUGGAAAUAUUAAAAAUUCAAGGCGCUAACGUUAGCUUAAUCAGUUAGCUAGCUCCGGCUAAUAAACUCGUCCUGCGGGCUAGAAAUGAGAAGUUGCUUUUGUCUAACUAUCUGAAGUGCAGGCCCUUUCAGAACUGACUACAAAUCUUUACAGAUGAUUCUUCAUCUUCUCCCGUCUUUUAACAUCAUUAGCUGCUAAUGUGCUGUGCUAGAAUGGAAAGUCUGUAGCAACAGUGAGGAGGCCCGGGAGCUUAGCGGAUGGUCAGUUGAACAUUAACCAUUUUUCUUGGAAUGAAUGCUUUUUAAAAUGUGCACAGGAAUAUUACACAAACAUAAUUUGAUGCAUGAUUAAUAUGAAAAUGUUGUUCUCCUGUUGGAGGUGAUAAGACUUUAAUUGGUUAAGAAACUUUGUCUUGUUGACAGCCAGGUAUUUCUUCAUCUUUUAAUGACAUAGGGUUGGGAAUGACUGUAGCUGGUUUGUGAUAGUCUUCAAUCUGAUUGAAAAAUAGCUUCACUAAAUAUCUUGAUUAUUUAAAUGGCUUAAUCUGAGGUUACCUGACAUUUCUAAACUUGUUUUUUUGCAUUUUAUUUGUUCCUCCCACUGCCACUGGCCAGUUGAAACUUGAAGCCGUUCAUGUGCCUCAUUUACAGUGUUAAUAUUGGUCUGUUUGCACCUUAGGGUACCUAAUUGUUUACAGUUUAUGCAAUCAGAACCACGUGAUCAUCAGUACUACUCCUUUACUAUGCUGUACUAUUGAUGCACUUUAAUUUCUGUUCACACAAAGCCAUAACAGAUUUGUAUCUGUAUGAAUGAAUACUGGUGAUUUUCUUGAAGCUAGUUGUUUUGUAGUUUCUUAUGUUGACGUUUUUACUGUAAAGCAGUGAAGGUUUGCAUUCAGUACCUUUUUACAAAGGAUUGUGUUCUUGGCAGUGCAGCUGCUUAAAUAAACUGUAUUUGAAACAAGUUUUCACUGUGUAAAGCAGGAUUUUAAGUCUUUAAAUGGAUGCAUGUUGUUGGCAAUUGAACCAUUUAUUAAAGCCUUUUUUUCUACAGAACUGGAAACGAGCCAAAUUAAUUUUGUCCUUCAGAUUUACUGGUGUAUUGAAUAUUAAUUGUGAAGCUUGAUCCUCAUUUAAAAGCACUUGACUCUGUUUAGGAUGUAGAAUGUCUCUGUUGUACAUAAAAAUAAAAACUGUGCUCGAGUUUAAAAUAAAAACAAUGGCUCUAAUGAUUUGUAU